CAAAAUGAAAUCUCUCCACAAUGUCUGGCUUUUUGGGAGCUGGUUCACCAAGUGCUGCUGUCGUGGUCAGCUUCGCAGCUGUCCUCUUCCUUCUGUCGCUAGGAAGAUGGGAUAUGUGAUGGGAAUGCACAACUGGGGGCCAAAAUCUUUGUUGGACGCAGCUAGACUCACUCUGACAUUUAGCAAUCAGCUGAGGAAAAAACAUCAGGAUUCUCAUGGAUUGUGGAAGCAUGAGGCUAUGCAGAAGUAUCUAGAGGCUCUAAGCAAGGAAUACCAGCGGGUUAGUCAUCUGUUAAGUGCUGGCUCAAUAAGUGACUUUGAGGAAAGAUCCCUGAAGAGAAGACACGCUGAUCUGUCCCCAGUUGCAGCUGUAUUUCAAGAAAUCAAAGAGGCAGAAAGAGAGGUUCAAGAGUUAGAAACCAUGUGCAAAGAGCUAGACAGCAGAGAUGAGAAACAACUUUUAGAGCUUGCCUUAGAAGAGAAGGAAACCCUUGAUAAAAAAAUCAACACCUUGUGCAAAAAGCUUUUCCAGAGUCUAGUGCCAAAACAAAAGUAUGAUGGAAGUCCUGUCAUACUAGAAGUGACAGCUGGCAGAACAACUGGAGGUGACAUCUGCCAACAGUUCACUAAGGAAAUGUUUGAGAUGUACCAGAACUACGCGGACUAUAAAUCUUGGACCUUUGAUAUUCUGAACUACACACCGGCUGAGAUAGGUGGGUUGCAUCAUGCAGCUGCUCAGAUUUCAGGAGAUGACGUCUACAGGCAUCUGAAAUACGAAGGAGGGACACAUCGAGUCCAGCGGAUCCCUGAGACGGGCCUGUCAUCAAGAAUGCAGCGUAUUCACACGGGGACAAUGUCAGUUAUUGUCCUCCCUCAGCCAGAGGAGGUCGAUAUUAAAGUGGAGCCCAAAGAUUUGCGCAUCGACACGUUCAGGGCCAAAGGAGCAGGAGGGCAACAUGUGAACAAAACUGACAGCGCUGUGCGGAUUGUGCACCUUCCCACAGGGCUAACCGUGGAGUGCCAGCAGGAGCGGUCGCAGCAGGUGAACAGGGAGAUGGCCCUGCGCACCCUGAGAGCCAAGCUGUACCAGCAGGUUGUUGAGGAACAGCUCAGCCAAGAGCAGAGUGCCAGGAAACUGCAGCUGGGAACAAGAGCGCAGUCAGAGAGAAUUCGUACUUAUAACUUCACUCAGGACAGAGUCACAGACCACCGGAUCUCAUAUGAUGCACGAAAUAUCAAGGAGAUUCUAAGUGGCAAAGAAGCACUGGAUAAGCUAAUCAACAGACUACUGGAGUUUGCAGAGGUGGAGGCUGUCGCUGAAUAUCUAGAACACUUGCAGUCUUUGGAAAGAGGAGGCUCCUGAAGACCUUGUGUACAGUUAAAACAGAUUUUUUCCUUUAAUAGCAAAAUAAAA